UUUCCUUGCUGCCUUCACCCUCUACUAUCUACGCCAAUAGGGCAGCAGCAGCCCUACGCAUAGGAGGACAACUUAAAGGUUGGCGUAAAUGCUAUUUCUAGAGCAAAUACUGUAAAUCAAGGCGAGUGUAUAAAACUAUCCUCUAAUUGUCAAGUGAGACUUGGCAGCUCCCUAUUACUUUCUCCCAACCAUACUAAAGCAACGUGGCCUCUCGCCUCAGCAUAUUCCUCCUGACUAUCUUCAAGCUAACCCCAAAUUAACCGUCAACGCGAAGCUGGUCCCGAAAUGAUUGAGUGAUAUCAACCACACUUUCUUCGCUACAGUACAAUCUCUGCCACUCAUCUCCACCUGUCACCCUCAAAUAGUACCUGGGCCUCCCUGAAAAGUAGAACACAAGGAAACAAAUAUGGCACAGACACCACAACAACGGAAGGCAAAUGAAAAGUUCGCGAAGAGCGAGGCUGCAAAGCGUGGCAAAGGAAAGUCUGUAACAAAACAAAAACAGAGCUCGAAGUCUCCGGUGUCUGCCGGGUGGGUUGUUGUUCUUGCCUUUGCGGUCUGUGGUGGGCUUGCAUUCGAGGCUCUGAGGAUUAUUCCGGAGUUAUGGUCGGCUGCUGUUGCGAUGUUCAAUCGCAAGUUGGCAUAAUCCUUGGCUAGUACAAUUUCUGAUCCCCUAGUUCUAGGUAAAUGACUUCACUGUACGUGAUUUGUAUCUUGCAACGGACAAACAGUGUGAUUGUCGGAAUUUAGUAGCGACAACCACUUGCAAGAUGGAUAUCCUAGCUAAUACC